AUGCGGACGCUGCUGCCGGUCUUGUUGUUCCUCUGUCCUUCGCCGCUGUCUCGAGCCGCUCCCGCUGUCCGGGCAGCGAGGCCUGGCCUGGAGGAGCGGCUUUUCCAGCAGGUGCGGGACCACUUCAGCUUCGAGCCUUGUGGGAAUGAGACCUUUCCGCAGCGGUACCUGAUCUCAGCAAAGUUCUGGAAGAAAGGAUCUGGACCCAUCUUUUUCUAUACUGGCAAUGAAGGUGACAUCUGGACUUUUGCUCAGAACUCUGACUUUAUAUUUGAAUUAGCAGAGGAACAGCAAGCACUUGUCAUUUUUGCUGAGCAUAGAUACUAUGGGAAGUCUCUUCCAUUUGGACUUGAGUCAACACAGCUGAAGAAGACUCACCUACUUACUGUGGAGCAAGCCCUGGCUGACUAUGCAGUGCUGAUUACUGAGCUUAAGCAGCAGCAUGGUGCUGCAGCCUGCCCUGUCAUAGCCUUUGGAGGCAGCUAUGGGGGAAUGCUGAGUGCCUACAUGAGGAUGAAAUACCCAAACAUUGUGGAUGGAGCAUUGGCUGCCAGUGCUCCUCUGCUGUCUGUGGCUGGCCUUGGAGACCCCACCCAGUUCUUCAGAGAUGUAACAGCAGAUUUCCACAGGACCAACCCAGGCUGCAGCACCACUGUCCGCAGAGCCUUCCAGCAGAUAAAGGAUCUGUGCCUGAGUGGAGCGUACGAUGAAAUCAGCAGGAAAAUGGCCACGUGCCAUAAGUUGUCUAACAAGCAGGAUGUUUACCAGCUGUUUGGCUUUGCUAGAAAUGCCUUUACUGUGAUGGCCAUGAUGGACUACCCCUACAAAACAGACUUCAUGGGACAUCUCCCUGCCAAUCCAGUGAAGGUUGGCUGUGAACAAAUCCUUGCCCACACAGACCCAGUUGAAGGCCUUGCUGCUCUGGUUGGGGUGUUCUACAACUCCUCGGGCUCGGCACAGUGCUUUGACAUUUACCACCUGUACCAGGCCUGCGCAGACCCCACCGGCUGCGGCACCGGCAUGGACGCAGAGGCCUGGGACUAUCAGGUCUGCACAGAGAUCAACUUAACGUUCAACAGCAACAACAUCACCGACAUGUUCCCUGCCAUGCCCUUCACGGAGACCAUGCGGCAGCGCUACUGCCAGGGCCGCUGGCACGUACAGCCACGCCCGGGCUGGCUGCGCACCAGCUUCUGGGGAGCAGACCUGAGAAGUACAAGCAACAUCAUUUUUUCAAACGGAGACUUGGACCCCUGGGCUGGAGGUGGGAUAAACAGCAGCCUGAGUCCUUCCCUCAUUGCCUUGACCAUUAAAGGAGGUGCUCAUCACCUGGAUCUCCGAGGACACAACCCUGCUGACCCCCCGGCAGUCACCGAGGCACGCAGGCUGGAGGCGAGCAUCAUCGGCAGCUGGGUGGAGGCUGCAGCCAUGGACAGGGCACGGACAGCUGGCUCUGCACACCCAGCACCACAGGCUGACAGGCUGCCACCAGGGCACGGACACACAGCAGCCUGCUGAGCUGUGCCUGUGCUGUCUCCUCUUCCACAGCAGUGGGAAUUUGCCUCUUAAGUACCCCACCUGCCCCUAAUAAAAACAAGAGGCCCUGAUCACCAACUUGAAGCCAGCCCACACUGUGUGGGCUUCCUGCUCACCUGCUUGGAAUGCAGAAGCAUUACAAAGGAUGGAAAUAAUAAAAGCUUGCCUGUGAUGCCCAUUUCAAGCCAGGAUGAAGUUGCUUACCUUAGGUCACAGUGGUCUCAGGAGGAGCAGCUGAGGAAGCUGUGUUGGUGGCCGUCUGCCUUAUGAGCAUCCUGGGAGAACUGCUUCUGGAGGAGCAUGAGUGAGGAUGAAAGGUCAGAGUCCCAGGACACUGCGCCUGCAUCCCUGAGGAUUAGUGGUGUUCAGUCAGGUCAGCAGUUCCCCCAAACCAGUGUCCUGAUGUUGAACUUCCUGCAUAAAUACCUGCAGCAAGUGCUAUCCAGGGGGGUGCCAGC